AUGCUAGCUCGCCAGAAAAUAGCCACUCUCCAUGGAAUUGCUCUUCAUUGUGGCUACCCGGCGGUGGCAAACAAGACAGAACGCAUCAAGGCAAUUGAGGAGACUUCCCACCUCUACAGCUCCAUCAAGCCUGCUCCAUUGAACAUCUUAUCGAUAGACGUGGGAAUCAAGAACUUCUCCUACGCAAAGGCGCUGUACGAAAGACCACUCGAGCAAGCCAGGAGCUUCAAGUUGCACGAUUGGAACCACGUCAACCUUCAUGAUCAAUUUGGUGCCUCCCUGGCCAAUUCUUCGACGUCCCUCCCGAAGACAUACCUUGCGAGGUUAGCAGAUUCUGUGGUGAAUAAGAUCAUCUUGUCUGAUUCAUGGGUCCCAUCGGUGAUUCUUAUGGAAAGCCAGCGAACGCGGUCAAACACGAACUCUGUCACCCUCCCAAAUGUUUUACUCAACUACACUUUGGAGCAUAUGAUCUACGCAGCGUAUACUGCUAGACUAGAUGCUUUUCCAUCAUACAAGGACGUGCCCAUAUUGGCUACUAACUCGGGAAAGAUGGUCAAUUUCUGGCUAAAUAGAUUCAUCGAGAAAGAUUCCCGCAUGAACCUUACUUUUUCAAAGAAGCUUCGAGCUGGUCUAUUCUUCGGCUGGCUUGCAGACUCGAAGGCUUCACCUAUAGAUCUCUUGGAGAUAUCAUCAAGAUUACCGUCAGAUUUCGGCGCUCUGACUUCAAAGAAGCAGACGUCUUACUUCUUAGACUCAUUCAGUUUUGCUACCAAGCCAGGCAAAGCAGACGAUUUGAUCGACUGCAUGCUCUACAACAUCGGAGCUUUCCAACAACUUCUACAUCACUUCCAACUACAGCAUCAAAUUUCCCACGACAAGGACGUGUUACCUCUUCUUGAACUGUGGAAUAAUGACCACUUGCGCUACGUGGCUCCCGUCGUUGAACGAUUUGAUCUCGCACUAAGGCCAGAGUUUUGUUCAUGGCAGUAUGGCCGUAUGUAUUCAAAUAGGUAA